UGCGCCACUUGCUUGUUGUAUCGUUCCAUUCAUUCGCUCAUUUGAUUAGCUUCUGUCCUCGUCACUUCACACCCAACGUUUUUUGAUUGAAUCAAAUUGUUUUAUUAAAAAAUGGGAGAUCCCUACGCCUCUGGCGAUUACUCUGGUGGAGGUUACGCGGCUCAAUAUUCCAUGCCGCCACCGCCUAUCGCUUCUGGUGACAAUAAUUAUGCUCCUUCGCAACCAGGAGGCUACAACCAGAGCAGUUAUAGUAGCCAAAAUAAUCCAUCUCAAGAUUGGAAUCAACAACCUAACUCAGGAGGAAGCUAUGGAGCCAGUCAAUCUGGUAACAACUAUGCACAAGGGGGAAACUUUAACCCGAGCUACGGUAGCGGAGGAGGUGGCUAUGACCGCGGUGGCAGCAAUGGAAGCAGUGGUUACAAUGCAAAUAGCGGUGACCGUGGCAGUAGUUAUGGUGGUGGCAACGAGCGAGGUGGCAGUGAUCGCGGCGGCUACGGAAGUGACCGAGGCAGCAGCUACGGUGGCAAUGACCGCGGCAGCGACCGUGGCAGCAGCUAUGGAAGCAGCGACCGUGGAAGAGGAGGUGGCUUCUCAGGAGGUGACCGAGGAUACGGCGGAGGUGAUCGUUCGGGCUACAAUAGAGAUGGGGGAAAUAGAGAUGGAGGAUAUGGUGGAGGCGGCAGGGGGGGUGGUUUUAAUAAAGGUGGCGGCGGCGGGGGCUAUGGCGGCGACCGGGGCGGGAGUGGGGGUGGGGGUGAUAUGGUGACACAGGAAGAUACUGUCUUUAUUCAAGGCAUGAACCCAUCCACUACUGAAGAUGAACUAUGUCAGCAUUUUGGUUCCAUUGGAAUAAUUAAGACCGACAAGAAGACUCAAAGACCUAAAGUAUGGAUGUACAAAGACAAAGCCACGGGUGAACCGAAGGGCGAAGCCACCGUCACCUAUGAGGAUUCUAACGCGGCUUCCUCUGCGAUCCAAUGGUUUGAUGGAAAAGAUUUCAACGGAGCCGUCAUCAAAGUAUCCCUGGCGCAAAGGCAAAAUACUUGGGCAGGUAGUAAAGGGGCCGGCGGCGGUGGCGGCUUCCGUGGAGGACGCGGUGGAGGCGGCGGCGGCGGUGGCGGAGGCGGUGGCGGGGGGCGCGGUGGGGGCGGAGGUGGUCGCGGGGGCGGCCCGCCCUCCGGCAAUCGUGAGGGCGACUGGAGGUGCCCUAACCCCAACUGCGGAAACACAAACUUCUCUUGGAGGAAAGCUUGCAACAGAUGUAAUGAAGAAAAGCCCGGUGGCGCCGGAGGUGGCGGUGGUGGUCCUAGCGGUGGAGGUCGCGGCGGCGGACCUGGGGGACGAGGAGCCGGUGGCGGACGCGGGGGAGGCGGCGGGCGCGGCGGCGGCAGCUGGGGAGGUCGCGGCGGCGGCGGGGAUCGCGGGGGUGACCGCGGGGGCGACAGACGCAGCGGUGGGGGCGGAUACGGCAGCGACGGCGGUCGUAACAGCGGCAGCGGAGGAGGAGCCAUGAGGAGCGACGGAGGCGGACGAGAUCGGCAGAGACCGUAUUAGAGGAGAUGCUGUUUACUUUAUUUACUUUCAACAUUAGUUUUACUAUUCCGACUGAUUUUAACAAUUCCGAGAUGCAUUCUGUAAAGUGACAUUUUAUAUAAAAAAUAUGCUUGAUUACUUUGGUAAGCUUCUACAUUUUAACAGUAACGCUUAACAGAUAAAACUUUAAACAUUAAAGUUAUAAACACACUUAAUAUAAUUAGAAUAUUGUAAACAGUCAUUUUGUGUUAUGUGAUGCAUGUUAGGAUUAGAUGUAUUACACAAGUAAGGUCAUUUGCGAAUUGCAGGUGUUCUUAGUCAACAUACCACAAGGAGAUAUGUAAUAAAAUACUUUAAUUUGAA